AUGCGCUCUUGGUAUGGAAGGGGCCGGUCUCUUCAGGCUGCUGUCACGGCGUGUUGUCUGGUGGCCUUUGUGUUGUUUGGAUAUGACCAAGGCGUCUUCAGUGGUAUUGUUUGGAAUGAAGACUGGAGGAAGCAGUUUAACUACCCCGGUGACUCGGAGGAGGGCAUUAUCGUCAGCUGCUAUAACCUGGGCUGUCUUCUUGGGUGUCUUAUCAAUUUCUGCAUUGGAGAGAUAUUCGGCCGCCAGAACACCAUCUGGCUGGCGAUGGGGGUGGUAAUUGUGGGAGCAGUUCUGCAAACCACGGCGUUCACGGUACCGCAUCUGAUCGUCGGUCGAUUGGUGACGGGGGCGGGCACAGGCUUGAAGACCUCCACGGUUCCGAUGUACCAAGCAGAGAUGUGCGAGGGCAAAACGCGAGGUCGGCUGAUCUCAUCGGAGGUCCUCUUCACCGCGGUUGGCAUUGUCGUGGCCUACUGGUUCGACUUCGGCAUGUCUUUUGUAGGAGGGCCAAUUGCCUGGCGACUCCCCAUUGCGAUGCAGAUUGUCUUCGCUGUCUUUGUCAUUGUGCUGGUUUUUGGUCUGCCGGAGUCCCCUCGGUGGCUGAUGAACCAUGGCCAAGAGGAAGAAGCCAUGCAAGUCAUGUGUGCUGUCUAUGACAAGGAACCAGAUGAUGAGUACAUCAUCAAUGAGCGCACCGCCAUCCUGUCCGCCAUCGAGCUCGAGAGUACAGCCAACAAGCAGUCCUUUUGGAAGAUCUUCCAGAAUGAUGAAGUCAAGACGGGUCAGCGAGUGCUCCUUGCUUGGGGUAUUCAGCUCAUGAACCAAGUCGGAGGAAUAAACCUGGUGGUUUAUUUUGUACCCACCGUUUUGAAACAAAACGUUGGCUUAAGUUCCCAGCUAUCCCAGAUCCUCGGUGGAUGCAUCCAGAUCAUGUUCAUGCUCGGAUCUCUUCUCCCCGCCUUCAUGCUAGACCGGAUGGGCCGCCGCAAGACCAUGAUGAUCGGGUCACUGGGACUUGGGAUCUGCAUGAUGAUGGCGGCAGCUCUACUAUCCCAGGCCAAACACCCCAACGGACAAUCCUACGCCUCUGCCUCGGUGGCCUUUUUCUUCCUCUACAUGUUGAUCCACGGCAUGUCCAUCAACUCGGUGCCAUGGGUGUACGUGCCAGAGAUCCUGCCCCUCGAGGCACGAACAAAAGGCACAGCCAUUGGCGUGAGCUCGAACUGGCUGUGGAAUUUCACCGUCGUCAUGAUCACGCCGGUGAUCAUCAACCGCAUUCAGUGGAAGGCGUAUCUGAUUUUCAUGGUCACCAACUUCCUUUUCAUUCCGACGGUCUAUUUCUUCUAUCCUGAAACUAGCAACCUGCGUCUGGAGGAUAUUGAUCUGAUCUUCUCUCGGGGCGGGAACCCGGUGGUACAGGCUCGAAAGAUGGCAGCCGAGAUCAAAGCAUACGGGUACAUACAAUCGGAGCAGCAGGGCGACGAAAAGGAGGCGAGUAGUGUUGGGGUGGAACGUGUUUGA